AUGGAGGGAAACCAGACCAUUAUCACCAAACCACCAGAUCAUAAAGGCAAUCGAGAUAUGGAAGAUGUAAAAGCAUUUACGUUCGAUAAAUCUUAUUGGUCAGCAGACAAAAACGAUCCCAGUUAUGCAGAUCAGAACAGAGUGUACAAUGAUUUAGGUGAAGAACUUUUGGAUCAUGCUUUUGAUGGCUAUAAUUGUUGCAUUUUUGCAUAUGGUCAAACUGGUUCAGGAAAAUCCUAUUCAAUGAUGGGCUAUGGUGAAGACAAAGGUAUCAUUCCUCGAACUUGCUCAGAACUGUUCAACCGCAUCUCAAUCAACAAAGAACCCAACUUGACAUACCGAGUGGAAGUCUCUUAUAUCGAAAUCUACAAUGAAAAAGUACGUGAUUUGCUCAACCCCAAAAACAAGGGCAAUUUAAAGGUGCGUGAACAUCCCUCAUUAGGUCCUUAUGUAGAAGAUCUUUCUCGCUUGGUCGUGACAUCUUUUGACGAUAUCAAUCAUUUGAUGGACGAAGGCAACAAGGCUCGUACGGUUGCUGCUACUAACAUGAACGAGACCUCUUCUCGAUCACACGCUGUCUUUACCUUGUUCCUAACUCAAACACGUAUGGAUGAAAUCACAAUGCUGGAGACAGAGAAAGUAGCUCGUAUUAGUUUGGUUGAUUUAGCUGGUAGUGAAAGAGCAAAUAGUACGGGUGCGACUGGUGCAAGGCUUAAAGAAGGUGCGAAUAUCAAUAGAUCAUUGACUACACUGGGUAAAGUGAUUUCGGGCCUUGCUGACCAGUCAAUUGCUGAAUCCAACAAGAAGGGCAAGAAACAAAAAGAAAUCUUUAUUCCCUAUCGUGACUCUGUCUUGACUUGGCUCUUGAAGGAUUCUUUGGGUGGUAAUUCCAAGACGGCCAUGAUUGCUGCUAUUUCACCUGCUGAUUAUGAUGAAACACUCAGUACACUUAGAUAUGCUGAUCAGGCCAAGAAGAUCCAGAACAAGGCUGUCAUUAAUGAAGAUCCUAAUGCUAAAAUGAUCCGUGAACUCAAAGAAGAAUUGUCUACUUUGAGAGACCGUUUGCGUGUUUAUGCGCCCGAAGUUGUGCAAGAAUUAGCAGCCUCGAGUUCUUAUCGCCAAGAGAGUUCUAGUGAUAAGCCUGGAUCCAAUACACCUACACCUACAAAAUCAACCAUCAGUAAUGCUAAUCAAGUACUUGUGUUUGCAGAUAGUAAAGGCAACAAAAAGAAAAUGACAAAGCAGGAAGUGGUAGAUCAGCUCCAGAGUUCAGAAAAACUAUUGGCUAAUUUGCGAGAAACAUGGGAAGAAAAAUUGAAACGAACAGAAGAAAUCCAUCUGGAACGUGAAAAGACAUUAAAAGAUCUGGGUAUAGCCAUGGACAAGAAAACAAUGGGUAUUUAUAUGCCUAAGACAAUCCCUUUUAUUGUCAACUUGAACGAGGAUCCCUUAAUGUCGGAAUGCCUUAUGUAUCAAAUCAAGACAGGAAAAACGCGGGUAGGUCGACAAGAAGGUCAAAGUCAAUGCGAAAUUCGACUUUCUGGUGCCAAUAUCUACGAUGAGCACUGUUGGUUUGAACAUGGCCCUGAUAAUACAGUCACUAUCCAUCCAAAUCACAAAGAUGCUCUCACUAUGGUCAAUGGCAUUCGUAUUACUGAACCUCGUCAAUUAAAGAAUGGCUAUCGCAUCAUUCUUGGUCACCAUCAUAUCUUUCGAUUCAACCAUCCUGAAGAAGUCAGAAGAGAACGCAAUGAUUUACUAAGAGCCACCACAGGUAGUGCAUGUACUGAUCGAUCAUCAAAUGCUGGCCUUGGUUCUUCAGAAGACGAUAUUACACCUGCAGACUUGAAUCCCAACGGCUCUCCUGAGCUUGGGGAUUGGAAUUUUGCCCGUUUAGAAGCCAUGCGAAACCAUUACUCUUCUGAAACAAACUUUAGUGGUUUAAAAGAUGAAGAAAUUGAAAAACUUUAUGAUGAUAUUGGUCGUAUUCGUAAUUCAAGAAGAACACGAACUGACAGUCGAGCUGAUUACGAUGAUGAAGAGUCUGCCUCAGGUAGCUACAGACGACUUUCUAUUGCCAACACAAUGGUUGAUGAUGGUAGUGUUUGUACUGAUGCCACAGUUGUAGUCAACCAUCAUCUAAAUAACGAAAAGAUACAAGACAAGAUCAAAGACGUCAAAGAAAAGCAUCAAAAAGAACUGAAUCUUCAACGUAGUUUUUAUGAAGCUAAAUUGCACCGCAUGUCUUCCAUGUAUUCUUCUUCUGCCUAUAGCAACCAUCAAGGCGAUGAUGGUAUUACCAUCUAUACAGACCAUCAAAAGAAAUUGAUUCAAAAAGUAUUUCAGCGCUGGAAAGGUAUCCAUCACGUUACUAUGGCCGAAGUUGUCUUAACACACGCUGCACUGCUUAAAGAAGCCAAUGUUAUUUCUCGCGAACUUGAAAAAGAUGCCACUUAUCAAUUCACAGUGAUUGAACAAGAAUUUGCUCAUCUCAGAUCGCAUUGGGAAGAGACGUCUGGCCUGCAUCGAUUUGAUCAAGACGAUGAUACAAAAGAUGCUGCAUUGAUUGACAGCCCAAAACCGUGCAUAGGCAUUAAAGUCAUUGAUCGAAAGAACCAGGCCGUCUAUAUCUGGUCUCUCGAGAAACUCAAGACUCGCUUACACAAGAUGCGCAAUUUACGACAACUUGCUGAUAAACCGAAGUAUCGCAAGCACUUCAAUUUGGAAGAUCCUUUUUACGAAAUCCCUUAUCCCAAGUACUCGUUUAUUGGUAGUGCAGCUAUUUCUGUUCGGAAUCUUGCUUGUCAUCAACAAGCGUACGAAAGUUGUGUUGAAAUUUUAUGUCGAAUGACAGGUCAAGUCAAAGGCAAAUUACGUGUUCUCGUAUCACCUAUUGCUCGCUCAGGCACACAUGCACCUUACUUGACAGCUGAACCUCUUGAUUUGGAUGAAAGUAAAAACACAAAGACAGCAGUACAAGACACGAUUCAAGUGGGUCAACAGUUACUUUUUGAAAUCAGACUGUUGGAAAUCACUAGCUUAAAUGAAAAUGAAUUCACACAGGUUCAUGUUCAGUAUCGUUUGUCUGCUUUUGGUGGUAUUUCUGCUCAUGCAACAGCCGAAAAAUUGUUUGCCACAAAUCCUGUGAGUGGAUUUGGCUCUAAUGGUAUCAUCUCACUUGAUUAUAUCCAAACACUCUCAAUCUCUGUUACUGAAGCAACAAAGAACAUCUUGUUGAACAAGAUGAUUGCCUUUGAAGUCUAUGGUAUAGCACAGCCCCGCGCUUUAUCAGCUUAUGAACGAUGGGAUGAUCAACGUGAAAAACCUCAUUUGACUGAGAUGUUGGCAGAACCUAGCUCAAGAAAUUCAUUGUCGCCUGAGCUCCAACAACACAUUACUACUAAAAACAGUCGCCCUGACGAUGAACUUUUGGCUUCCGAGCGCCAUGAUGUUCUUGCUUGGGUUCAGAUUUGUGAAUUAAUGCCAAAUGGUGAAUAUAUGCCUGUUCAAGUGGUAUCCCAAAAUGCAUCAGACAGAGGAACUUUCAAUUUAAGACAAGGCCUUCAACGUCGUGUUCGCUUCACUUUGUCACAUACUUCAGGUCGUCAAUUGACAUGGACAAAAAUAUCCAAAGCCACUAUUGGUCACGUCAGAUUAUUGGACGCUAAAGGUCGUGUUGUUAGCUCACCAGCACACGAAGAUGUUGCUAUUCGUCUCUUGUCACAACAAAAAGUUCAGUACAACAACGAUGGUACAAGCUUUUUAACAGCCCAGGGUGCUUGGGAUUCAUCUCAACAUGAUUGUUUAUUCUUGAAUCGAUUGACAGCUUCUCAAACACGCAUUCUUUUGAAUCUCAAAUGGGAAAUUGAGGUAGACAAGUGCUCCAAGCCCAUUCAAUGCAGUAUGGAUAUUGCUAUUCGUAUUCAAGGACGAGAUGCUUCUAGCUUUGGACUUCGGAAAUUAUUAAGAUCGCACAAGUAUCUCAACAAAUGCAGUGGUUUAUUCUUGAUUCGUCUUAGACCACCCAUGACACGACGUGUGAGUCAAUUAUGGAGAUUGAACACUGCUUCUAAAUUCGUGCCUGGAGAAGAGACUUUAGGAUCAUGGAGGCCUCGAGGUGUAUCUUUGAUCAAUGAUUUUCGACACAUUCAAGAUCGCAUUUCAAGAAAAGAACAUGUGGCUGCUACACAACAGACAUUAAUGUUACAUGCAGCAAGAUCUCAAACAAGUCAAGGAUCUAUCAAUAAUACUACUGAAAGUGCAUUACUAAACAACAAUCAUGAAUUUACGCUUGAUUCAAAGCAAGCCGACUUGAUCCGAAAAGUACUUUUAUUAUGGAAUACUCGAUGGGGACCUGAAAAAGAGAUUGUGCUUUGUCAGGAUCCGCCUAUUCCUGGUAUGCAGGAUUCUGAGCAAAUUUUAAAAGAAGCUUGGAAUUCAUGCAAGUUGAUAUCUGAAGUGAAGCUUAUUACUGAAUUCGACAAUGCGACAAAGAAAGGCUAUUUGACUUAUCAAGAGAACGCCUUGGAUGAUAAAUGGGUCAAACGCUGGUUUGUUUUGCGGAGGUAG